AAUUUACAAAAUGCAUGCAGACUAAAAUAAUCUCUACUCGUAUUAUUUUAUUUUGUAACUCAUAAAACAAAUCCUAAGUAAUUUUACCAGGGUAGAAAUAAUAUAGAUAAUAAUAAUAAUGUACUCAAAUAAUAAUGAUACUAAUACUAAUAUUCAUUCAAUCCCAUUAGAAGGAAAUGUUAUCAACUAUCCUCGGGUGGUCAACGGAGAUCCAUGUUUGGUGUUGACUACGGAUCCGAAGCCCCGACUCCGGUGGACUGCGGAGCUCCAUGAAAGAUUUGUUGAUGCUGUUACUCAACUUGGCGGCCCUGAUAAAGCAACACCGAAAAUGAUCAUGAGAACAAUGGGUGUAAAAGGGCUCACUCUCUAUCAUCUAAAGUCUCAUCUACAGAAAUAUCGAAUGGGAAAACAAUCUUGUAAAGAGUUUCCCGAGAAUACUAAAGAAGCAUCUUGCAUUGCUGAGAGCCAAGACAUGGGUUCAUCCACUUCAUCUUCGACAAGAAUGAUGCCACAAGAUUUGAAUGAUGGCUUUGAGGUUACAGAAGCUCUACGCGUGCAGAUGGAAGUCCAGCGGAGAUUGCAUGACCAGCUUGAGGUUCAGCAACGUCUCCAGCUUCGGAUAGAAGCACAAGGGAAGUAUCUGCAGUCAAUUUUAGAAAAAGCUUGUAAAGCUAUAAACGAUCAAGCCAUUGCAACUGCUGGACUUGAGGCAGCUAGAGAAGAAUUGUCAGAUCUUGCAAUCAAGGUAGCCAAUAACUGCUUUCCAUCUGUCACUCCAACCACUUCACUUACCCAAAUUACUCCCCUUGGGCAUGCUCCUAAUGUUGCACGACUUGGGGACAGCUCAGUGGACAACUGCUUGAGUUCCCAGGUAGUUGAUCUGAAUAAGAGACAAAGGCCCAUAUUCGCACAAACAGAGUGGAUGGCGGCUAACAUCGGAUAAGUUGUAAAAAGUUAUCCAGAUUUUAUGUUAUUCUCUAGAAUUUAGUUAGGAGAAAAUGAGAUGGAUUAUGUAGGGAUACUUGCUAAUUAAUCUGUGUUUUGGCA